CUCUUAAUUCCCUGCGCGCUAACAUGGUUGAAAUCAAUCGAGAACACUGGAUCAAAGAUGCUGAGGAUUGUGAAAAGAGUGGCAGUAUAUUUACUUGUCAAGCCAUCAUACGAGCUGUGAUUGGCAUCAAUGUGGAAGAAGAAGACAGGAAACACAGCUGGAUGGAUGAUGCAGAUUCUUGUGCUGCCCAUCAAGCCUACGAGUGUGCUAGAGCCAUUUAUGCCCACGCUCUCUCUCACUUUCCCAGCAAGAAGAGCAUCUGGCUGAGAGCAGCGUAUUUUGAAAAAAACCAUGGUACAAGGGAGUCACUGGAGGCAUUGCUGCAGAGAGCUGUUGCUCAUUGUCCGAAAGCUGAAGUUUUGUGGCUAAUGGGUGCAAAAUCUAAAUGGCUGGCAGGAGAUGUGCCCGCGGCAAGAAGUAUUCUAGCACUGGCAUUUCAGGCCAACCCUAACAGUGAGGAGAUCUGGUUAGCUGCUGUGAAGCUGGAAAGUGAGAAUAAUGAGUUUGAGAGAGCACGUCGACUGUUACAGAAAGCAAGAGCUAGUGCGCCAACGGCCAGGGUUUUUAUGAAGUCUGUGAAACUAGAAUGGUGUUUGGGAGAAAUCAGAAAUGCUGAAAUCUUAUUAGAAGAGGCUGUAAAACACUAUCCAGAUUUUGCAAAAUUGUGGAUGAUGAAAGGACAAAUUGAAGAGGAAGCUGGGAAAAAGGAUUCUGCCAGGGAAGCUUAUAACCAAGGGCUAAAGAAAUGUCCACAAGCUAUUCCACUCUGGUUGCUCCACUCCAGAUUAGAGGAAUCAUCUGGUCAGUUGACUAGAGCAAGAUCAAUUCUGGAAAAAGCUCGACUAAAAAACCCACAGACUGAUAUCCUAUGGCUAGAAGCUGUUAGAAUUGAAAUGUCUGCUGGACUAAAAAACAUUGCCAACACAUUAAUGGCGAAAGCUCUUCAGGAAUGUCCAAACUCUGGGAUUUUGUGGGCAGAAGCCAUCUUCAUGGAAGCAAGACCACAGAGGAAAACUAAAUGUGUUGAUGCUUUGAAGAAAUGUGAGCACAAUGCUCACGUGCUUCUUGCUGCUUCAAAGUUGUUCUGGUGUGAGCGCAAAAUUAGCAAAGCAAGAGACUGGUUUAAUCGCACAGUGAAGAUUGAUCCCGAUUUUGGAGAUGCCUGGGCAUAUUUUUACAAAUUUGAGCUGACUCAUGGAGAGGAGAAGCACCAGACAGAUAUUAAACAGAGGUGUAUUGCAGCGGAACCCCAUCAUGGAGAACAGUGGUGCCGUGUUUCCAAAGACAUUCGUAACUGGCGCCUGAAGACUGAAGAGCUUCUACCACUAGUUGCCAGAUCUCUUCCGGUGCCAACAUAA